AUGACGACAGCAUUAAUUAUUGAACGUAAGAGUACUCACAGCUGUUUAUUCCCAUUUCAAGAAACACAAUCACUACCCAAGAGAAAAUCUUAUUACAGAUUUUAUCAACUUAAAUUACGGCAAUUAUUAGCAGAAAAUCAAAGCGAUGAAGAAAAGAAUGAGAAAUAUUUAAAACAAAACCAACCAAAAGCGCCAUUAAGCCCUAGACGAUCGAAUAGAGACUACACAAGUCAUAUUACAGAAGCGAUGAAAAUACAAUCACAAAAUAUUAAUCUAGGAACAAGAUCGAGCAGUCUUUUAUCUCUUCGUCAACAACGUAAAAAAGAUACGAUUACAUGUACGAUUACAUCAACGAAUACUACAACAACAGAACUUCGUCCAAAAUCUAUUUUAAAGACGAAUCAAUCACCAUCAUCAGUACAACGUCAACGUACAUUAAGUGCGUCACCUAAGAAACCAAAAACUCCUCAUAAAAAAGUAGGGACGACAACUGCUACAAACGAAAUGGAUCAUACCGAUGAAGAUGUUGAUGAUGAUCAUUUGUCAAAAUCGAAUGCACGUGCAUAUACUGAAGUAUCAUCGUCAACAUCUCAAAAUGUUACUAACAGCACUGAUCAAAAUGCUCAACAAUCAGUACUUAAAACAAUGCUGUUACAUUUUAAUUCAAAUACACCAUCGGAAAUGCCGAAAUGGAAUUUAUAUCGUGAUUUUAAUGAGAAAUUUUGUGCUAGUAUAUCUCCAACAGUAUAUCGAAAUUUUGAACGCAUUAUUCUUUGA